AUCUCUCUAAGCCCACAUUCUAAAACCCCUCUUUUUUCCAAAUCAAACAACCAGACGACCACCGUUGCUCCGCCCCUGUAGUUGGUGCACCGUCAUCGACUUCGUUGUUGCUGUCCCCACAUAUUCUUCUCUCAACCUAACAAAGGCUUUAAAAACCGAGAAAUCAUAAUGGUCGGAUUUAAAUAUAGGUACAUGGCGAUGGAGGUGUUUAUAGAUCCAAAUAAAGAUAUUUCAAAAGACGAUCCCAUUAUUCUUAGCCAACAUAACAUAUCCAAAGCAAUCAAAGACAGCAUUCUUGUAAACUUCGGCGAGUGUGGUCUUGCUUCAUCGCUAGUAUCAUUCCAAGUUAAAUACGUUAAUCCUAUCACCAAAGUAUGCAUUAUUAGAGCUUCAAGGGAUGAGCAUCAAAAAGUUUGGGCUGCAACUACCAUGGUCAGAAGUGUAGGAAAUUGCCCUGUGGUUUUCAACUUAUUGGACCUUAGUGGGAACAUUAGGGCAUGUAAAUCGGCAGCAUUGAAGUGUGAAGAAAUGAAAUUUGAACAUCUAAAGAUUGUUUCUGGUGCUCUCCAAACCGAGGAUAUCAAUAAACAUAUGCACAAUCUCGAGAGAAUCAAGAUGUUAGAGCGCUGAAAACAUGAAUCUGCUCCUAAAAGACAAAAGGGGAGCCAAAAUCCACUCAACCGGAGUGACACAGCACACAAAGUGUUAAGUUGGGAGUGUUGGGAGUCAAAGUGAUAGUUGGGAGUGGUAUCGGCCAAUACCCAAUAGUUAGGAGUGAUAAAAUCCAAUAACCCAAAAUAAAAGUAUACAAAACAUGUUGCAACAACACCGGUGUCAUGGUUCUGUUCUUACCGGCUGACUCAACCUUAAGCAGGUCCAAUUCUGGUCUGGGUUUUGAAACCAUGGUUAAAGAUUACUGAAAGAAGUUUCUUAUUUAUACUAAUCUUAUUUUUAAACAUUAUAAGACAAUUCAAGAGAUUUUAUGCAUUUUAAA